AUGGCUGCAGCAAGGCUCCCUGAUGGCUGUGUGCCUCCUGGCAGGCCUGAGGAGGAGAUCUAUGAUGACGUAGAGCCAGUGGGGCCACCCAGGGCAGGCCGAGGCUUCCAGCUGCCCAGCAUGUUCCGGCCGUCAGCAUCUCCCUGCCCCACAGCAGGUGGAGAUGCUGGUCGAGCUGCUAACAGGGCUGCCUUGCUGGCAGCUGCACAGAGAGAAGCCCAAGUCUCCCAGAAGAUGAAGGCAAUGACACUCAAGGAAAGCAAGAAGGAGAAGCUGGACAGGGAGUUUCAGAAGAAAUUCAAGUUCGAAGGAAGCAUCAAUGUCCUGACUCAGAUGAUGGUUGACCCUGCAGCAGUGGAGAAGAGGGGAGGAGGGAAGAACCUUCCCCUGAGGCGGGGAGAGAUCCUCGAUGUCAUUCAGUUCACAAACGAGGAGCAGAUCCUCUGCCGGAACAGCCAGAGGAGAUAUGGCUACGUGCCUCGGGCUGUGAUGCUGCACCUGGACACUGACAUCUACGAUGACGUUGAGAUUUAG